AUGGAGUCGGGAUCUCUCCAAAUAAGCCACAACCCAGGCCCAAAUGCAGUGUUUGGUAAACAACACUUAUGCGGCAAUUCCAUUAAGCAAGUCGCGGAAGCAUAUCGGGAUUCGGCGAAUAAACCAAACACUUAUCCCGGCCUUAUACCUCUGAAAUCCAUGCUUAACGAUACGCAAGAAAUGGCCCUGGCAAACUGUUCAGGUGUCUCAGCAAACACCAUACCGGGAUUUUAUCUAAUGGAAAGCCUCGAAGCCGAUAUGGGCGAGGAGGCAUUGUGGCUACGCCCGGCUACUCCUACUUCCCUCAUGGAUGGAUUAGGCGGCGCAUUUUCACCAUCUGUGCAAUGGGACACUUUUUCGCAAUCCCUUUACGGACAUCCACCCGUUCCUGCCUGGUCUCCACCGAUAGCGACCAUAACCGGCGAGUCGAGCUUUACCAUAUUGCCCUACAGUAAUGCCCCCACUGGGUUCGACCGUUUGGCACCUCAAUACGCUCCAUUCGAAGCGGUUGCGGAUUUCAAAAUGCUCGUCCCUCAGUACCACGAUCAAUGGGUGUUAGCAUUAGGCUGCGAAAACAUGAUCAGGGAAGAGGCCCAGGAACUUGGUUUCAAAAAGGUCCUCCUAUCGUCCGACUCACUCAAAAAGUCCCCAAACAUCAGCCCUUUACCUGAAAUGACAGCCAGUGUGCACGAUGUUGAUAGCCUACCAAGGCCCCACGACCAGCAAUCGGAGCCUGUUGCCGCGGUUUUAGUCUUCGGCACUCCUCAUAACUGGGGCCGGGAUUUGCAGGUUACUUUGGAUCAUCUUUUUGCAGACAACUUCGCCGCCCCAGGUCCGGCAAACGGUAGCUCAAGAAUCGAAAACGGUACCUGCGGUCACUCGUCGAAACUAUACUUCAAAAGCCUUUCUUCUGGAAGAGCAGAGUCUGAAUCUCUAUCGCCUCUUGGUGUUGAGGACUUUGUGUGCGCGCUGCAAGCCAUCUUGCUAAAGAGAACCUGGCAAGCUUGA